GACACCUCUGCAUCUGGCUUCAGCCAAUGGCCAUGCAGAUGUCGUCAGAUAUCUGCUAAGAAAGAACAGCCAGCCCAACCUUGCUGACAACUUCAAGAGAACAACCCUGAUGAAGGCAGUCCAGCAGGAGCAGGAAGAAUGUGUUGCUGUUCUGCUGGAACACGGUGCCGACCCCAAUCUGGCAGACGCUGACGGCAACACUGCCCUUCACCUGGCUGUCCUCUCUAAAAACACAGCUGUAGCAGGGCUGUUACUGGAGCAUCAUGCCAACAGUGAUGCUCAGAACCAGGUAACCUUGGCACGUGGCUAA